CCGCGGACAAAUACGCGUGGAACCCAGAAACAUCGAUGUACGAGGCCCCAUCGAUCAACCGACAGAUCUGCCCGAACGGCAAGUGCCAGGGCUUGGGCUGGAACUGCGGUGGCGGGCACUACGGCUACACGACGACGACCUGCGCCGAGUGCCCUGCGCCACCGCAGCCCUCGGCGCCGCCCUCGCCGCCGCCCUCGCCACCGCCGCCAUCCCCUCCGCCGCCGUCGCCUCCGCCACCAUCCCCGCCCCCGCCGUCGCUUCCGCCCUCUCCGCCGCCGUCGCCUCCACCGUCGCCGCCUCCGUGCCAAUGCGUGACCUCCUCGAGGACCUACGCAUCAUGCGCUGCCGACACCUACUCAUGGAACCCCGCCACCUCGAGGUACGAGGCGCCCUCCGCAAACCGCCAGAUCUGCUCUAACGGCAAGUGCCAGCGCUUGGGCUGGAACUGCGGUGGCGGGCACUACGGCUACACGACGACCACCUGCGCCGAGUGCCCUGCGCCGCCGCCGCCGCCCUCACCGUCGCUACCUCCGUCGUCACCUCCGUCUCCGCUAGUGCCGCCGCUCCCCCCAGCCCCGCCGUCAAUGCCUGAGCUUGCUCUUCCGACUCUGGACAACUACACCCGCAUCUACAGAGACGGCGACAGUGUCGCGGACCUCACCUCGCUCACCUACCGGACUGACGCGAUCAUCCGAAUGACGGCGAAGACAAACACCACCUUCGAACUCAUCAACUUCGUGCCGGUCGACUUGGAGGACGUCGAGAUCGUCAUGAGCUUCUACGGGGGUCCGCAAAACGUCAGCGUCGGGCGCAUCGACUCUCUUCCUGCGCACGCCGUCUUCGAACUAGAAUUCCCUUUUGUGACCUUCCCUGACCGCGAGUUCACCGAUCAAGACGGUGUCGCUGUGGACCUCGCCAACUACGGCUCAGGAAUACCGAUUGCGCAUGGCGGCGUCCGGGCCGGGCAGGAGUGCUGGUCGAACUCUGCCGCCAGGUGCCGUGACGACGGCGACACGCCGUGCGACUGGUGUGGCGGGUCGGACUGGUUCUGCUGCAGCGCAACGUGGAGCUACACGUCGUCGGACAACUGUCACCGCGACAACGUCGUCUUCUACAGCGCCGAAGGCAACCACCGCUGCGCCAAGAAAGGAGUGCACCUGAGCUUCGACUACCGGGGCACGAGCACCACCAUGCAGCGCCUCGAGCGUCUCAAGAGCGUUCCGUGGUCUUUGAGCCUGAAGGACUUCGAUUGGAGCAAUGACCCCUCGAACAACUGGAGGGAGGACCCGGAGCCCAGGCACGCCCGCUUGUGGACCGCGCUCAUUCUGAAUGUGGCGUUCAUGUACAGCCACCCCGACUUCGCCGACCGCAUGGCGGCGGAGGAGAUCACCGACAACCAGGGCGCCCUGAUGACUGCCGAGAAGAAGCGCAGCGUUCUCUCGGAGCUACUCUCGCCUCGGCGCUUCAACCUCGGCGUCGUCGCCAAGGUCAGCGGCCUCGGCGGGGGCAGCACCUUGGGCGUCGCUGAGUACGUCCUGAAGAGCGACUUCUUCUACGGUCAGCAGCGGGGCGGUGUCACGUACCACGAGCUCGGGCACUGCCUCGGCUACAACCACGACUCUUCCAUGACCUACCCGACCAACGGCGCCGGCUUCAGCAAGCUGGGCGAGACAUUUGGCAGAGAGAUGUCAGCUGCGGGCGACGUUCUGAUCGACCAGACCAACUACGCGUUCGCGGACUACACAGUCCAAUAGACGCAGAGGCAGAGCGGCGGGGGGCGUCGAAGCGCCGGAUGCGUCACAUGCAACGUCAAUCAAAGUUGACGGACGCCGUCGUACAAGCAGCCGAGCACUCUAGUCGAGCGAGAGAGAGGGAGCGAGACCGCCCACCUCUCGCCCUGGCAUGUCUAGUAUCUCUACGUUGCAUCUCUAUGUCUAGAGUAUCUCUACGUUGCAUCUGCCAUCUCUAUGUCUAGUAUCUCUACGUUGCAUCUCUAUGUC